AACGUGACAUGAACUAUACACUGAAACGGGAAGCUCGGAGACGACAUUUUGUUUAGAAGAUAAAUAUUAUUUAGAGUGAAUUUUGUGUAAAGCAUUGAAUCUUCAGAUGGGAGAUUCUGGAAUUGUUACAGAUAUCAACUCUUUGUAUGAGUCUGCUGAGCUUGACAAUGAUGACAACUUUUACAAACUGCAAAGCAAAGCCAUAGUUGGAAGUCCAAAAGUUGAUAUUAAACACACGAACAUGCCUCUACGAGCCAAUCUAAAGUUACAGCUACAAAGACAGCAGAUUGAAGAGGAGAAGAAAAGAAACCAGACCUUGUCACAGUCAUACAAACCUCCCCCUUCACAACCACAGGUCAUACAGUUUCCUAUAUCAUCAUCAGUUUCAAAUGUCGACUUGAAUGUAGCACCACAGAUACUUAAAGUCGAGUCAAAGUUACAAAACCCCACUCAGUUCCAUGUCCAAGAGAGCAAGAAACGACAAAUUCAUAUGUUCCUUAGCAAUCCUCAUGGCAAAGUUACAUCAGUACAGUCUCUUCCAGUCUCAACUCACUCACAAGAGCCUCUACAUACACUCAGUGGUAGUGCCCCACUGGACCAGGAAAGUCCUUUGUCGGCAGACCUUAGUAGUUCAGCCUUGUCCAAUGAUAUGGUAGACAUGGACCUGAUUAAUGAGUUAAUUAGUUUACAAACAGUUGAUCCUCAAAUGGACAGUGAUCUCAGCCUUAUAGAACCAACUCUGGACCAUCUUUCAUCUACUUUGCCACAUGCAAAUUUAUUUGACAUAUAUGAAGUACCAAGAGAAAAUUCUAACCAGCCAUCUUCUUGCCCGGCCAAGUUUCCGCCCACCACAACCCCAGAUUUUAUGACAGACGAAGAAGCCAGAAUGUGGCAGAAAGACAGACAAAAGAAGGAUAACCACAAUCAAAUUGAAAGACGGAGACGGUUUAAUAUAAAUGACAGAAUAAAAGAACUAGGAACACUGUUACCAAAGACUAUAGAUCCGGACAUGAGACAAAACAAGGGCAGUAUACUGAAAGCAUCAGUAGACUACAUCAGAAAACUCAGGCGAGAUCAAGAAAGACUCAAAUAUGUGGAAGAUAGACAGAGGAAGAUGGAAGCAGCUAACAGGAAAAUGAUGUUGAGGAUGCAGCAACUUGAGUUAGUAUUGAACGCUAGUGGAAUGACAAGUGGUAUGAAGGAUGAUAUGGAUCAGUUAGCCAAUUUGUCAGCACAAUCUGCCUUUCAAGUUUCUCAUUCCUACGAACAAGAAAUAGAACAAACACCUGCUGUGAUAGUGACAUCCUCUCAUGGAUCUUUUGAAGACUUUAUGGACGAUAGUUCUCCUGUCAGCGGAGAUCCUAUGUUAUCAUCAAACCCAGUCAGUCCUAAUUCCGUAAAUGAUUCUAGUGAUUUAUUCAACUGCUGAAGAGAAAUGAUUGGAGAUCAUGUGUAAGCUCUCUUACAUGAGCAUAUCGUUAAUCAGUUGACUCAUUACGAUUUGUUCUGUAUUUGUACAGUUUUUUUCAAGUGCUUAAUUUAGACCUGUCUUAAAACUUGUACACAAAAUUACUUAUUCUUCACAAUUUGAAGUACUUAAGUUAUAGUUUGGGCUUGCCCAGAAAUAUAAAGCUGACUUGUUGGUCUACAGUGCCUUAAAUGGUUGGGAUAAAUCAGCAUCAACUACAAAAUUGUAAAGUAUCUAUCACUCUACAUCUACAAUGCAGAAUUUUCCAAAACCCAAAUACAUCCCUUGCUGUAAAUAUUUUGUUAAAAUUGAGUCUUCCAACUGUUUGAAGUUGGGGUUCAGAUGUAGAUAUGUAUAUAAUCAGAUUGUUAUGAUGUAUAUAUUCAUUAAACAGAUAUCUGGCAGUGCUAAAUGUGACCUAAUGACAAGUUUUAUCAUUGUGUCAUCAUUCAAUAGACUUAGGGAUAGUGCAAUACUACACAGAAAUAUUCAAAGAUUGUUAUGGUCAUCAUUAAAUGCUAUGAGAUAUUUUUUAAUUUUUGCUGAAUUUGUACAUAAGAUGAAUACAGUGAAACCUGAUUAAACCAAACAUCUUUGGAAUAAACCUGAUUAAACCAAACAUCUUUAGAAUAAACCUGAUUAAACCAAACAUCUUUGGAAUAAACCUGAUUAAACCAAACAUCUUUGGAAUAAACCUGAUUAAACCAAACAUCUUUGGAAUAAACCUGAUUAAACCAAACAUCUUUGGAAUAAACCUGAUUAAACCAAACAUCUUUGGAAUAAACCUGAUUAAACCAAACAUCUUUGGAAUAAACCUGAUUAAACCAAACAUCUUUGGAAUACCAUUGUUUGGAUAAGACAAGUGUUAACUUAACACACAAUAGAUUACUCAUAAUCAUUGUACGUCCUGCUGCAAAAGUUAACUUAGGACAGGUUUGUGGUUAUGUCAGAUUUCACUGUUUUCACAGUUAUCAUCGCCAUGUAUUAUAGAAAUACAGAUUUUUUCAAACUAUAGUUGAAGGUAUUAAGCUUGAUCAUCAUUAAUUAUUUAGUUUCAUAAAUAUUGACUGUAUUUUUUAUUUGUACAUUAAACAAAAAAUAAUAUCCAUUCCAGAUAAAAAUAUAUAAUAUAUGUCAUCAUGUAAAUGCAUCUGUGUGACAGCUAUUACUGAACUGCAUGUAAGGUUUUAUUUUCCUUGACAGAGACUUUAAUUUCACUAAUUUUUAAUUAGCUGGAAACAGGAAGAUUUAAACUUUAUGUUUUUUUUUUAACUCUGAAAUUUCUGUUUCUCUUAUUUUCAAAGAAAGUGCUAAAAUCGAUAAGACUUAAGAGGACAAAUUUUUACUGGAUAAUGUGUGAUUUGGCUAGUAUGAUUUAAAAAAAAAUGUAUGAAUUGAAUGCUGUGGUGUAUGUUAGCUGUUCGCCAUUAAUGACAUUAGGUGUUGAAACCAAGGUAGCUGACAAUGGGAGCUGUGAGAAAAGGUUAGAGGCAAAUAUUGGAAAAUCAAAAUAUCCAUCAUAUUAAAAAAGUUAUGGACACCAUUUGUAUAUAAUUUCAUUUCAGUUGAGAAUGUAUAAGUAAUUUCAUUAAGAUGAUUGAAUGUAAUAUCCAAUUUUCAACAACUUAUUUAAAUUUAAUCAUGUAUAUGAUUUGUUGUUUAAUUGUACUCAUUUUCUUUUUAAUUUUGUAUGAGUUCUCAUUACUUUUGCAAUGUAGACUUUUUACUUUAAAUUUAAUCAUCCAGCAAAUAAUUGUGUCAUUGCUGACAGAUUAUUAUCAAUUAAUAUAUCACACAGCAAAGGAGAAACAAAAAAUAUGUUUUGGGGAAAGUGAAACUCAAAAUUUUUAUUUUGUCUUGUUAUUCUAAAAACAAUUAUAUUUAAUCUUCAGUCGCCCUGUUGAGGCUGUUGUUUUAAUACAGGUUUUCAUUUUGCAUGUUGACUAUACAAGGUAACCAUUUAAACCUCAAGUUUUGACUGCCCACAAUAAAUGUUGUGCAUGAAUACGUAGAUCUGUUGUAGUACUGUUCGUCAAAAGGCCAUUACUUUUGGAAGAGAAUGAAACCUUACAAAAAGUAUUGAUACAACUAGAAGUAUUUUGCUACAUUUUUUUAAAUGAAUGGUUUCAAAUUUAAUGACAUUUGAGUUCAGUGGGUGGUUGUAGAAUGUUCAGUUAUCAGUUGGUGUUACUGCGGCUCUAUUCACCAAAAAUUCUUACCAGUUAAAAAACUUGCAAGUCUUGAAAUACUCAGUGUAACUUAAGAACAAAUUUCAAUGGUAAGAUUUUUGUAAAGAGUUGCUGGUCUGUAUAGACAUGAAGAUUAACAAAAAGUGUAGCUUUUAUUAUUACUCAACAGCAUUUCGUAAAAAGAAAGUUAAAUGGUUGUAUAAAUUGAUUAUGAUUAUAAUUACUGUUAUUCAAUUGGAAAAAUUCUGUUGAAAACAUUUACAAUGUUGUUUAUUUCAUAGGAAUGUAAAUUUUAUCAAUUUCACGUUUACAUGAGACCAAAGUUUUAUGGAAUAAUUUCUUGUUAUUUUUCAGUCAAAAGGCUUCAAAAUUAUGAUUUUGUUAGAAAAGGACUUAAGUUAUCAAGGGGUUUCUAUUGUUACAAAAUGUCUUUUAUAAAUGAUUGUAUUUUAGAUGUAGAUAAUAUAAUUCUAAUGUUAAAAUGAUACAAAGAUUAAAAUACUGUUGUUGAUAAAGAGAGCGAUAGAAUUAAAUACCAUGUUUGAUGUGAUGGUUUGAAGAAGAUACCUUAAAAUUGUAAAGUUUUAUUUGCAUAUUACCUUCAAAUGCAAAGUUUUAUUAGAAUAUUACUUUUAAAUAUAAAGUUUUAUUCAAAGCUAUGCAGUAAUUUGACAGUUAGUAUUUCGAUUUACAAAAGAAGAAAAGGGAGAGAACUGUUGGUGCUAAUACAAGAGAGAUAGCAUACAAAUAAGACAUUUUGAUAUUAAUACAUGGUAUGAUUAAUUCUAUCCUCUUGUUGUUUGUUAAUGAGUUAGAGUCUUGAUUUUUUUAGAUUUUAUACUACAACUGUUGAUAUUACUUGAAUGGAAUAAAAGAUUGAAAAUAAAA